CCCGCCCCGCCGGACCGCCGCAUUUAACCUGGCGGCCAUGGUGGUGCUCAAAGGCGUUCCAGCUUUGCUGUCCCCAGAACUGCUGUUCGCGCUGGCGCGGAUGGGGCACGGAGACGAGAUCGUUCUUGCAGAUGCGAACUUCCCCACCUCCUCCAUCUGCCAGUGUGGGCCCAAGGAGAUCCGGGCCGAUGGUCUGGGCAUCCCACAACUCCUGGAGGCUAUACUAAAGCUGCUGCCGCUGGACACUUAUGUGGAGAGCCCGGCUGCUGUCAUGGAGCUGGUGCCCAGCGACAAGGAGAGAGGCCUGAAGACCCCAGUGUGGACCCUUUAUGAGUCCCUUCUGCUGGGAGCUGGCUGCUCGAAAGCUGUGGAGAAGAUAGAGAGAUUUCAGUUUUAUGAACGUGCAAAAAAGGCUUUUGCUGUUGUUGCAACUGGGGAGAUGGCACUCUAUGGAAACAUAAUCCUCAAGAAGGGGACACUUGACCUCAGCCCUGCUAGAGACCACUCUGGGCUGGGAAGAAUCAGCAACACCUGAACCCAGCCAGCAAGCCUCUCCUCAGCAGCACAAAGACCUGGAUCCUAACCUGGGGCUUAAGGGGUUAACAUGUCUUUGGGGGCCCUCCUCAAUAUGACAGAUACUCCCCCAAUAUGUGAAAAUGAUAUGAAAAACAGUCACUGUGUAUCUUCACUCUAAA